AAUGUGAAUGUGAAUGAAUGAGCAGCCCACCUUCCCUGCUUUCACUGUCCAUUGACGCAACAAUUUUUAAUCUCCACAUCAUCUCAGAUCUCUCUUUUCUCCCUGAACAUAUUCUCAUCGAUCUCUUUCUGGUAUACAUCAUUCAUUCCUCCUUUCCUUUUCAUACAAUAAUAUAAUAUAAUGAUUAUUCUAGGUUUUUUUAAUCUAUUUCAUUAUCAUCGCUUAAUUUACUGCUUCUGGGUUCUGAUCGAGUUAGCUGAUUAGGUUUUAAUAUUAUCCUUUUUUUGAUCUGUUUUUUUUUUUUAUGAUUGGAACUGAUCGGAAAAUAGGGAAACUAGAAAUAGGAUUUUGUGUUGUGUGAACAGAGAAGGGAGAUGAAUUGAUUAUUAAAACUGAUAUACGAAUAAGGAUUUUGGAUUAGUGUUUGUUAUUUUGGGGGUUAUGUUUAUGCAUAUGGAUUUUAGGGUUUCUGAUAAGUAGAGGAUGUGAAAUAUAGACAUGGAGGAUGUUUUGUGUUGUAUUAUUUGGGAAUUGGUCAUAAAACUAGUGACAUUUCAAUUAGGUGUUUAGUAAGUGAUACUUGUGAUUGAAGAACUUGAUUGUCCAAAUUGAUUUCUAUCCGGUGGUUUGUAAGAAUCAAAUAAUUAGUUAGGCAAUUAGAUAAUCUGGUGCAUAAACUCAGAGCUGGAUGGUGAUGAAGAUGAUGCAGAUGAUGAUGAUGGUGAUGAUGAUGAUGAUGAUGGUGAUGAAGAUGAUGCAGAUGAUGAUGAUGGUGAUGAUGAUGAUGAUGAUGUUAAUAAGCAAGGGUAUUUUGGUCAUUUAACAUAGACUUAACUGAGAAAUUUAGCUGAUGUUAGAGCUGGGGACCAACCGAGUUUAUUUUUGACAAGUUUUGGGAUCACGCAUGUAAUUAGUAAACCACUAAGACCAAGUCUGCAAUUUUUGAAAACCACAGAGACCAACCAAACAUUUAACUCAAUUCAAAAUUUUGAUUGAUGAUAGGUACCAUUUGUAUACUUUAUUUACUCUUACUAUUAAAUAAACUAAAGGUAUCUUAAGAUGAAAGUAAUAUAAUAUUUAUCAAUAGAAAUUUCUAGGCAUGUGAAGAGAUGUAAAGAAGCCAAAUAAUGACAACAACUGAAACUUCUUUUAUAUUGGCAAACGUUGCAGACCAAACUUGUAAGACAUUCUCGACCGUUCAUCUUUUACCUUAUUUUCACUAAAAACCUUCCACUUUCCAUCUAUUUUACAUAAAACCCCCUCUAAAUUUUAAUAUUAAAUGUAUAUAUUUGUUAGGGCUGGAAUAUUAAUUUGUGUCAAACACGACCUGUUAAGACACAAACAUGAAAUUGAUAAACACGAACACAACAUAAAUUUUAUUGUGUCAAUUUUCCCAAACACGAACACGAACUUGAUAAUAAAGAGGUUACACGAACAUGAUCUACUAAGACAUGAAAAAAUUUAUAAGCGUAUCAUACGACUUGUUAAGACAAGAGCAUGACCUAUUAAGACAUGAACACGACCUGUUAAAACACGAACUUGCUCUGAAGAGGUGGUGUGUGAAGUCUAGGGCUGACAUAUUGUGUCACACAUGACAUACCAUCUAUUAAAUAAGCCUAAUAAUCGAGUACGAUUUACCAUAUUAAGGACUAUUUUGAAAUGUGAAAUAAUUUAAAGUGUUUUGUAGUAGUCAAAAGUAAAAGUCUCAGGUAUCCUUUGUGUUUAAUAUCUUAGUUAAAUACCAAGUUCAUAAUAACCAUCUUUAAAUGUCUAAUGAAUCCCAACAUGUUAACCUAAACCUAUGUACAAAUGUAGAGAACAUAUUUGUUUAAUUUCUUAAAGGUAUCUAUUCCUCACAUUGUUUGUGUUGAUUUGUGUAUUUGGUCCAGAUUGACAUCGAUGUCAUAUCUAUUGGAUUUUGGUUUAAACAAACUAGUAAUUUUUUAUUGCAACUUUUGCAAUCAAUAUUUGUAAUAUUAGAUUUAAAAUGACAAUCAUAUUUUUGUAUAAACACUAUAUAAUUAACUAAUAUAUAAAACUAAAAUAUAUUAUCAAAAUGUAACACUGUAGCCUGUAGGUUUUUUUUUCUCUGAACUUUGAAAUGAUUUGUGUUCGGUCUUUGGUUUUUGGAUACUUUAGAACUUUACCUGAAAUAUUUAGUAAAUUCUCUAAUUUAUUUUAUUAAAAAAAGUCAUUGGAUAAUGAUGUAAAAAAAAAAUAAGAAGCUUCCUAUAGAGCUAAUGACUGCAACGAAAUCAAUAAGUACUUUUGAAGCGGAUUAAGUAUUGAUUAUUAUAAGAAAAAGAUUACAAAUUUUUGGGAUACUAUCAGAUACACUUAUUUAUCUUAUAUAUUUUGCUAUGUAAACAAACACUUUUCAAAUUUUGCCUGUGUAUACAUGAAACUAUAACCCAAUUAUCUUAUAAGAACAUUCACAAUUGAUCAUUCAUCUUCAUCUUUAUAAUUAUAUUAAAAAUUAUUAUAUUUUUUCUCUUUUUUUCAUUAAAUAAUAUAUAUAUUUUUUAUUUUUAUCCUUGCAUUUUCUCUCUUAUUCACUCACAAUUACUUUAAAAAGUAUUAAAAAUUAUAAAGAGUGAACAAUAUUUUCUCUAAAUUAAUGUGAAAGCUCUAGACCCCACUAAAAGGCAAGUAUUUACCUAAAAAAAAUAAUAUGUUCUUUUUUUCUAAUAGAGUUAAAUGUCAUUUUAGUACCUGUGGUUUGAAUCAUUUUGUCAGUUUAGUUCAAAUAUUUUAUUUUUUUGCCUGUGGGUCCAAAACGGUUUUACCGUGGUCAUUUUAGUUCACUGGGUUAACUUCAUCCAUUUUUCUGUUAACAAGAAAGACAAUUCGGUCAUUUUAUAUGUAAUUAUGUUAAUUAGAAGGGCAAUUCGGUCAUAUAAAAUGAUCGAAUUGUCCUUCUCGUUAACAGAAUAAAUUGAUGAAGUUAACCCAGUUGACUAAAAUAGCAAUGAUGAAACAUUUUACGACCCACAAACGAAAAAUAAAACCUUUAUACUAAGCUAACAAAAUAGUCCAAACGACGGCAUUUAAGUCUCUCUAAUAAAUUGACUUAAAUCUUAGUUUAUUAUUAGUGUUCCUAUUUAACCCAAUAAUUGAGUGCUUUUUCUUCACUAGUUCAAUAAAAGUUCACAUCCCCAUUUCAAGAACCAACCAAGCAACAACCCAACAUCAUAAAAUUUCCCCUUUUGUUCAAUCUAUCCAUUCCUCAAUUCUAUAAACACACACACAAACUACACACAUACACAUUCAUACAACUUUCUUGAUCACAUCUCCAUCCUUUUCAUAACUACCACACAAAAGAAAAAAAAAAUCUUCAUUUUUAAGUCAUCCCAUUUCUUCAAACUUCCAAAUUCAUAAGAAUUAGCCACAAAGAAAGAAAAAGGUGAAAAAAAAAACAGCCAUCAUGUCAUCAAUCUUGGCUUCAAAUGGGAUGGUGUUAGCCACCGCCAUGGCCGCCGUCUCCGGCACCGUCCUCCUCCUUGCCUUCCGCCUCCAGAAACAACCCGACGCCGCCGGUCACUUCUCCAUCAUCCACCACCACCACCACAACCCAAGACCCUGCAUCUCUUCAGAUGGAAAGAAGAGAGAGAAAAAGAACAAGAAAGUACACUUUGCAGAGGAUGUGAUGGAACCAAGUGGAAAUGGAGAAGAGUUUAGGAAGAGGUUACAAAGUAAGAAUAUUGGUCAAAAUAGGACUUUUUCGUCAACUUUGAAAGUUGAAGGGGGUCAAAAGAAAAUUGUCAGAAACUACGAGGGUCUUCCAGCAAAUAGAUUGGCUUUGUAUUCUGGAAUCCUCAGAGAUCGUGGCGUUCAUCGAGUCUCAUACUGCUAACUCGUUACUCACUUUUGACUUGUUUGAAAAUUGGUCCAUCUUUUUUGUAAAUGGUGUAGGUUAAGUCCCUGAUGUUUUUAAAAAGUACAAACUGCCCCUCCUUUAGUUUCUGGCUUCUUCUUUGUGUUGGUUACAAGUUACAUGCUACAACACUUGUUUUUACUUAUUGCUAGUGAUGGUGUAUGUACUAUUUUGUACAAUUUGAAAUGAGGAUGGAUAGUUUGCUAUAAA